AUGUCGGUGGGCCUGCAGCGGCGCGUGCCGGCGCUGGACGAGAGCGGCGCCGGGGUGCCGGCGGCGUGGAAGAGCGGCAACAGUGAGCCGCCGUUCGCGUCGUUCGCGCCGCCCGCCGGCUCACCCGCCGGCCCAGCGUUCGCGGCCUCCCCAGCGCCGUCCACGCCGGGGCCGGGGUUCGCGGGCCCGCCGUACGCUGCUCCGGGACCGUUUGGCUCGCCGUCCGCACGCCCCGGUUCCGGCGGCGGCUUCCCUCCCGGGCCGCCGCAGCAGCCACACUUUCCCGGGCCCGGGUUUGCGCCGCCCGGCUCACCCUUCCACCCGCACCCCCCACAUCCCCCUAUGCCGCCACAUCCGCACAUGAUGGCGCCACUGCCACCUCCGGUAGACAGGUAUGUCAUUUUUUUUUACCGUAACAGUAAGAUAUCGCCUUUAAAUCACGAGGAUCAAAAAAUUAUCCUCAGUUAA